GCUAGAAAGAAGCAGCAGGAGCUUUGGGAGGCGAUCCCUGUGACAUCACGGGCCGGCGGGUGUGGUUGUGUGCCUGCGUGAGGCCGUGUCUGGUCUCAUGUCUCUGCAUCUCCUUCUUCCCCAUGACGGAAGCCCAGAGGAGGAUGGCUGGUCCCCCGGGGUCUCCUUGGCCCUAGACCAGGAAGCAGUGUCCUUCAGGGAUGUGGCCGUGGACUUUACCGAGGAGGAAUGGGGGUGCCUGAGCCCUGCUCAGUGGCAGCUCUACAAGGAUGUGAUGCUGGAGAACUUCCGGAAUCUGGUGUCCCUGGGGCUAAUAGAGGACAAACCAGACCUGGUCUCCCGGCUGGAACAAGGGGAAGAGCCAUCAGCCUCGGCUCUGCAGGGAGAGGUCCCAAGGAGCCCCUGUCCCUGGGAAGCAGACGCUUCUGCCAGGUGUCUAGGAGCCAAUGGAAGCCACAGCCUGGCUGGGCCCUCAGCAUUGGAUUCUAGACUUGAGAACCAGCAGGAGUCACUUGGAAGACCAGAAGGAGGAGGAUCACUAGUAACAUUUGUGGACAGCCCUAGGAGGCAUAUUGUUCCCCAGGUCCCCACCUUUAUUGAAAGUCCUUACCAGGAGGUCAUGUUAUGGAAACAAAUGGGAACCCUUGCAGGGGAGACUCCAAGCAAGUUGACUGUCCUGGUGCCCACUAAGCAGGGAAGCCAUGAAUGUGCUGGCUUGGGAAGAAGCUUUAGUCAGAGCAUGCCCAAGCACCCAGGAUUGAGGGCUCAUGAUGAACGUGGGAAUCUCCUCCAUAAUCAGCAGAACAGAAACAAACUCUAUGAUCUGGAAGAAGGUAGACAGAAUUCUGGCAAGCGUUCACCUUUUAUUCAAAAUCAGAGAUCUCAUGGUGAAGAGAAACCUUAUAAAUGCACAGAAUAUGGCAGGGCUUUCAGCAAUCAUUCAGACAUUAUAAAUCAUGAGAGAACUCAAGAGGGAGAAAAACCUUAUAAGUGUAGUCAUUGUGGAAAGGCCUUUAGGUGGAGCUCCGGUCUUACUAAACACCAGAAAACCCACACUUGUGAGAAAGCCUGUGAUUAUACAGAGUUUGGGGAGGCCUUCAACCAGAACUCAGAUAUUACUAAAAAUUACCAGCUUCAGAGUGGAAAGAAGCCCUACAAGUGUAAGGAAUGUGGGAUGGCCUUCACUUGGCGCUCAUACCUAAUGGAACAUCAGAGAACUCACACUGGUGAGAAACCUUAUGAAUGUAAGGAAUGUGGGAAGGCUUUUAGUCAGAGCUCCAGUCUUACUAAACAUCAGAGAAUUCACACUGGAGAGAAACCAUAUAAAUGUAAGGAAUGUGGAAAUGCCUUCAGGCAGAACUCACAUCUUAUUCGACACCAGAGAAUUCACACUGGAGAGAAACCUUAUGAAUGCAAAGAAUGUGGGAAGGCAUUCAGCCAGAGAUCAGACAUUAUUAAACAUGAAAGAAUUCAUAGUGGAAAUAAACCAUAUGAGUGUAAGGAAUGUGGGGCCGCCUUCAGUUGGCGCUCAUACCUCAUUGAACAUCAGAGAACUCACACUGUUGAGAAACCUUAUGAAUGUAAGGAAUGUGGGAAGGCCUUUAGCCAGAAUUCAUCCCUUAUUCAACAUCAGAGAAUCCACACUGGAGAAAAACCUUAUGAAUGUAAUGAAUGUGGGAAAGCCUUUAAACAGAGGUCAUCCCUUAUUCAACAUUAUAGAAUUCAUACUGGAGAGAAACCUUUUGAAUGUAAAGAAUGUGGGGCAGUCUUCAGUGGGCAUUCGGGUCUUAUUCACCACCAGAGAAUUCACACUGGUGAGAAACCUUAUGAAUGUAAGGAAUGUGGAAAAGCCUUUAGGCAAAGCUCAGCUCUUAUUCAUCAUCAGAUAACUCACACUGGAGAGAAACCUUACAAAUGUAAAGAAUGUGGGAAGGCAUUCCGCAGGAACACUGUUCUUACUGAACACCAGAGAAUUCACACUGGAGAGAUACCUUAUGAAUGUAAGGAAUGUGGCAAGGCAUUCAUCCAAAGGUCAGCUCUUAAUCAACAUCAAAGACUUCAUACUGGAGAGAAACUCUAUAAAUGUAAAGAAUGUGGGAAGGCCUUCAGCUGCAAUUCAUCCCUUACUCAACAUCAGAGAGUUCACACCAAAGAAAAACCUUAUCAGUGUAAGGAAUGUGGGAAGGCCUUCAACUGGAGCUCAUCUCUUACUCAACACCAGAGAAUUCACACUGGAGAAAAACCUUAUCAGUGUAAGGAAUGUGGGAAGGCCUUCACCAACCGGGCCUCCCUUAUUAAACAUGAAAGAACUCAUAGUGGAGAGAAACCCUAUGAAUGUGAGGAAUGUGGGACAGCCUUCAUUCAGAGAUCAAACCUUACUAAACAUCAGAGAAUUCACACUGGGGAAAAGCCAUAUCAAUGUAAGGAAUGUGGGAAGGCCUUCACCAACCAGUCCUCCCUUAUUAAGCAUGAAAGAAUUCAUAGUGGAGAGAAACCAUAUCAAUGUAAGGAAUGUGGGAAGGCCUUCAACUGGAGCUCAUCUCUCACUGAACAUAUUAGAAUUCACACUGGAGAAGAACCAUAUAAAUGUCUAGAAUGCGGCAAAGCCUUCAGAAAAAGCUCCUUAUUUACUCAGCAUCAUAGAAUUCACACUGGAGAGAAGCCUUAUACUUGUAAAGAAUGUGGCAAAGCCUUCAGGCAGAUGUCAUCCCUGACUCGACACCAGAGAAUUCACACCGAAGAGAAGCCGUAUGAAUGUAAGGAAUGUGGAAAGGCCUUCAGCAAUAGCUCCAAUCUUACCAAACAUCAGAGAAUGCAUAGUGGAGAGAAGCCUUAUAAAUGCAAAGAAUGUGGAAAGGCGUUCACUCAGGCCUCAAAUCUCACUCGACACCAAAGGAGUCACACUGGGGAGAAACUUUAUGAGUGUAAGGAAUGUGGGAAGAGUUUCAAACGAAGUUCACACCUUAUUCAACAUCAGAGAAUUCAUAGUGGAGAAAAGUCUUAUAAAUGCAAUGAAUGUGGGACAGCCUUUAGCCAGAACUCACAUCUUAUUAGACAUCAGAGAAUUCACACUGGAGAGAAACCUUAUCAUUGUAAAGAAUGUGGGAAGGCCUUCAGCAGGAGCUCACAUCUUAUUCAACACCAGAGAAUUCACACUGGGGAGAAACCUUAUGAAUGUAAGGAAUGUGGAAAGGCUUUCAGUCGGAGCUCAGCCCUUACUCAACAUCAGAGACUUCACAGUGGUGAGAAACCUUAUAAAUGUAAAGAAUGUGGGAAGGCCUUUAGCUGGAGCUCAGCCCUUACUAAUCAUCAAAGAAUUCACACUGGAGAAAAACCUUAUAAAUGUAAGGAAUGUGGGAAGGCCUUCAGCUUUAGUUCACUCCUUACUAAACAUCAUCGAAUUCAUACUGGAGAGAAACCCUAUGAAUGUAAGGAAUGUGGGAAGGCCUUCAGCCAGAGCUCAGCCCUCAUUAAGCAUGAAAGAAUUCAUAGUGGAGAGAAACCCUAUGAAUGUAAGGAAUGUGGUACAUCUUUUAGUUGGAGCUCAGCCCUUAUUCAACAUUAUAGAAUUCAUACUGGUGAGAAACCUUAUGUAUGCAAGCAGUGUGGGAAGGCCUUCAGCCAAAGUUCAGCCCUUAUUAAACAUAAAAGAAUUCACACGGGAGAAAAACCUUAUAAAUGUGAGGAAUGUGGGAAGGCCUUCAGACACAACUCAGUUCUUAUUCAACAUCAGAACAUUCACUCUGGAGAGAAACCUUAUCAGUGUAAGGAAUGUGGGACAGCCUUCAGCCAGAAGUCAUACCUUACUAAACAUCAGAGUAUUCAUACUGGAGAGAAACCUUAUCAGUGUAAGGAAUGUGGGGCAGCCUUUAGGCAAAGGUCAUAUCUUACUAAACACCAGAGAAUUCACACUGGAGAGAAACCUUAUUCAUGUAAGGAAUGUGGGACAGCCUUUAGCCAAAAGUCAUACCUUACUAAACAUCAAAAAAUUCAUACUGGAGAGAGACCUUAUCCGUGUAAAGAAUGUGGAGCAGCUUUUAGGCAGAAGUCACACCUCAAACAGCAUCAGAGAAUUCAUGCUGGAGAGAAGCCUUACCCAUGUAAAGAAUGUGGGACUGCCUUCAGCCAGCGGUCAUACCUUACUAAACACCAGAGAAUUCACACUGGAGAGAAGCCUUAUUCAUGUAAUGAAUGUGGGAUAGCCUUCAGCCAGAGGUCAUACCUUACUAAACACCAGAGAAUUCACACUGGAGAAAGACCUUAUCAAUGUGAGGAAUGUGGGGCAGCAUUUAGGCAGAGGUCACACCUCAUUCAUCAUCAGAGAAUCCAUACUGGAGAGAAGCCUUAUAAAUGUAGGGAAUGUGGGAAGGCCUUUAGGCAGAACUCAGUCCUUGUCCAACACCAGAGCAUUCAUGCUGAAGAGAAACCUUAUCAAUGUAAGGGAUGUGGGAAGGCUUUCAAUUGCAAAUCACACCUGACUCGACACCAGAAAAUCCAUACUGGAGAGAAACCUUAUGAAUGUACUAGAUGUGGGAAAGCCUUUAGUCGGAGCCUAACCCUCAUUGCACAUCAGAACAUUCACACAGGAGAGAAGCCUUAUAAAUGUCAGGAGUGUGGGAAGGCCUUCAGGCACAACUCAGGCCUCACUCAACACCAGGGAGUUCAUACUGAAGAGAAAUCAUACCAAUGUAAGGACUGUGGGACUAUCUUCAGCCAGAAGUCAUACCUUGCUAUACACCAGAGGAUUCACACUGGAGAGAAACCUUAUCAAUGUAAGGAAUGUGGGACAGCAUUUAGGCAGAGGUCACAUCUCAUUCAACACCAGAGAAUUCACACUGGAGAGAAACCUUAUCAAUGCAGGGAAUGUGGGAAGGCCUUCAGGCAGAACUCUGUCUUUAUUCAACACCGAAAAGUUCACACUGAAGAGAAACCUUAUCAAUGCAAAGAAUGUGGGAAGUCCUUCAGGCAGAACUCAGUCCUUAUUCAACACCAGAGAAUUCAUACUGAAGAAAAACCUUUUCAAUGCAAGGAAUGUGGGAAGGUCUUCAGGCAGUACUCAGUCCUUGUUCACCAUCAGAGAAUUCAUACUGGAGAAAAGCCUUAUGAGUGUAUCCGAUGUGGGAAGGCCUUCAUCAGGAGAUCAGACCUUAUUUCACAUCAGCUAAUUCACACUGGAGAAAAACCAUAUAAAUGUAGAGAAUGUGGGAAAGCCUUCAGGCAGAAUUCAGUCCUUAUUCAACAUCAAAGAAUUCACACAGGUGAAAAACCUUAUCACUGUAAAGAAUGUGGGACAGCAUUUAGGAAGAGGUCAUACCUCAUUCAACAUCAGAGAAUUCAUACUGGAGAGAAACCGUAUAAAUGUAAGGAAUGUGACAAGGUUUUUAGCAACUGUUCAGCCCUUUAUAACCAUGAAAAAAUUCAUAAAGGAGUGAAAUCCUAUGAAUGUAAGUAACAUGAAAGAGUAUUUGAUAUAUUGCAGCCCUUAAUCAUAAAAAAACUCUUGCUGGAGACCCUAUGGAUGUGAAGUAUAUGGAAAAUCCUUCAGGACUCAAAUCUUCCACAUCAGAGAAUUCACACUAGAGAAAACCAUGGAUGACAUGAAUGUGUAAAGGCCUUCAGGCAGAGGAUUCUUGUUCUGGGAAAGUCUUCAGUGUCCCAAAGACCAAAGGGAAGGUCCCAUUGAGCAUCACCAAACUCUAAGAAUACAAUGACUAGAAAAGUCUCUGGUCAGAGGUCUACCCUGUUUUAUCAUCAGUGAACUCAUCGUGGAGAGAAUUUCUACAAGUGUAAAAAAUGUGGGGAAAAUGUGAGUGGUCAUGUCUAAACCCUGUUCUUCAUGACCUCAGAACAGCAAGGAAUACUGCAGUAAAAGAAAAGAAAAAUAAAGAAGAGGAAAAAGGAAGAAACAUUCAUAAUGAGAACCUGAGAUACUGGCAAAGAGACUGAAGAAAUGAGUAAAAAAGAGCUCGAUGGCAUGGCCUAAAAUGAUAACUCCAGAAGAAUCAAUUAAUCAGUAUUCAUUAAUUGUUUACUGUGGGCCAGGCACAGUGCUAGGAGCUGGAGAUAUAAACACUGCCAUCAAGGUGGUUACAUUCUAGCCAGGGGCAGUGCAGGGGGGAAGACAAUACAUACAGCACAUAAGUAUGCAAACUACAUACAAAAUAACCACAGGGUGAUGGGAGUGGGACUGGGGCAGACAGAGCACCCAUAGCUGGGGAGAUCAGGAAAGGCUUCCCUUAGUAGGUAGGAUCUGAUCUGAGUCUUGAGUGAAACAGGAAUUCUAAGAGGCAGAAGUGAGUCAGGAGGAGGGCAUUCCAGGUAUAUGGCACAGCCAAUGCAAAGGUUUAGAGACAGGAAAUGGAGAAGAAUACAUCUCAGUAACAACAGCUGGACCCCAUGAAGUGAGUAUCAAACUACCACAAGAGCCCCAGAGUGAUUGAGCUUAUUUCCAAAAUUAAAGAAGGAGAUUAGAGCUCUUUAAAAAGACUUUGAAAAGAUAAACUGAUUUAGCUGUUUGGAACAGAAGGUGGAAAAUCUUAAAGCAAUGGGUACUCUGAAAAGACAAUGUGAAGAGCCUUCAGGGACAAUGAUAACAGUCAAUCAGCAAGCACUUAUUAAACACUAUG